UAUUCAGUUAUUCAUUUCCUUUAUCUAUGCCGGGACAUUGUACAUUUAUGGCCUACUUCUAUGUAUCAUAUGUACAUGUGCGAGAACUCGGAUAAAUUUGAUCAAGUUUGCCAUGGACCUAAAGCGGCGCCUUUUUUUCGUCCUCCUUGUUGUAUCUAGUGUACUGCUUAUCAUUUCAUAUAUGACAAUCAGUUAUGCCAAAAACAGAUGCACAGAACGAAUCGAGAUCCCUGGAUUACUCUCGGCGCCGAAUCACAACGAAUCCAUCACUUUCCAAUACAGAUGGGACAAACCCGUCCCAAAGAUUGUGCAUUACUGCUGGUACGGAGGGCGCCGCCGCCCCAACUUCAGAUUCUAUCACUUAAUAAGUGUUAUGAGCGCCUACAAAAACAUCAAACCGGAGGUGAUAUAUUUCUGGUACGAUUAUAUGCCACAGGGACCCCUGUGGGAGGAAAUUCAGGCACGCGUUCCGAUUAUUAAGUUGAAACACCGUCCUGCACCUUCGCACAUUUACCACCGUCCACUCGGUAUCUACGAUCAGCAUCAGUCGGAUAUCGUGCGCUUGGAGGCGGUGAUGGAGUACGGUGGUAUUUAUAUGGACCUGGAUAUCGUGGCGCUCAAGUCCUUCGACCCUCUACUCAUGUACGACACGACCAUGGGCUACGAAAUCAGCGAUGGACUAUGCAAUGGAGUUAUUAUAUCAAAACCGAACGCACCAUUUCUCCGUAUCUGGCACUCAGAAUAUACAACAUUCGACGACAAUAACUGGGGAUAUCAUUCCGUGCUGCUGCCCGCAAUUCUUGCCAAAACAUACCCCGGGCUCAUUCACACUGAAGAGAAAUCUUUGCACCGUCCAAACUGGAAGGAAGGAGAAUGGAUGUACGAAGAAGGCAAAUUGUACGACUGGUCAAAUAACUACGCCGUGCAUUUGUAUUAUAUGCACACAUUGCAAUGGAUGGACCACUCUCCGGACACGAUUAAAACGUUGAACACCACAAUGGGGCAGAUAUUUCGAUACAUUUACUAUGGAAGCGGGGAUUUUGUAUUGGAUUAUUAGCAAAGUGGUUUUCUGUAAGAACGCGGCGGUCAGGUUCUUUCAACCAAUAGGGUCUUGUUAGAUUUAACUGAUACUUUUUUUUAGAAAUUAAAUAGCAUACAUGUAUGCGAAUAUAUCAAGAUCGGCCUGUUGUUAUUUGUCAACUAUAUAACAUGUAUAAUUCCUCUCCUUAACCCUUGACGUGAAACUUCAGGAUGAGUAAAAGGAUUGCACUUCGGAGGGGAUUCGAACCCACACCCUUGAAAAAAGUGCCGGUUUGGAGAAAACAGUUUUAUACGAUCGUCGAUUCCUGACGUUUCAUUUCAAGUCAAAUUUGAUCAAUGAAAGGUCGCAACACCAUAUGUUUUUUAUUUCGCUGUUGCUUGAUGAAGAAAUAA